UCGAGCCGGUCCAACAUGCCAGAGCUGGCAGAGUGUGUGGAUGCUCAGCCACUAUCUCUGGAACAUCCAAGUGUGUCCUGCUCCAACAGAAGCUCUGGGUCCUCACAGGGAUCGAGACGGUUCGACCUCUGUCAUCAGGCAGUGGAGAUGGAGAGGGUUUAUCUCCAGAGAGACACACCCCACUCCAGUGUCAGUGUGAGAGAACUGGGGUCAGUGAGGAGGGCCAAGAGAAGGGAUGUCCAUAAAGCCCUCAGUGAGGGGUCCCUCAAUGUCUUUGCCCUGUUCAGGGAGAGGGCAGGGGAGAUUUGGCAGACCAGCACAUGGGACAUGGAGCAGACCCAGCCUCCCAGCACCCCCACAUCCAGCGAGGAGGAUUUGUGGGACAGCGACUCCAGCUUGUCUCAUGGGGUUGGGGAGGAGGAGAGGGGCAGCUCCCUGAUCCUGACCCCCCAGGCCUCCACCUCACUCUCUGAUCAAGACAAGAGAGCACUAGAGGACGUCUGCCAGAUCCUGACCGCCUGGGUGGAAAAGAGGCUGAACAGGACCUGCAACGACAAUUACAGGGCCAGUGUCAUCAUCCAGAAAGGUCCAUUUAUAACCUGUUUUACCAAUAUGACCAGUAUUAACCCUGUUAUAACCAGUGUAAUAACCAGUGUAUUAUCAUUAUAGUAAAUGUACUAGAUACUGCAUAGUGCUAUACAUGGAUGUGGCUUUGAAUCAGUUCAGAGUAUUAGUGUGUUUUCU